CGUUUAAUGGCGAUCAGAGAAGUUGAAAUGUUGCCGACGAUGAUUUUGGUGGAUUUUGUCAUUACUUCCAUACAAGAUCGACUCCAAAAUAAUUUUUACGAUCGUUCAGUUUUAAAUUAAAAUGGAUUUGAAAAAAAAUUUCAAACUUUUAAACCCAAGCAGUUUGAAGAAAACAGAUGGUAAAGUUUUCAAAAGGACAUCUCACAAAACUACCAGCAAAAUUUCAUUAUCUCCUCGAACCACACACAAGAAGCGUUCCUCGUUGGAAAGUACUGCUUUAAUAACUGUUUCUGACAACAAUGAAAGAAAGUCUUCAAAAAACAUCAGUGUCAAAUCUGCCUGUUUAUAUGAACGACCCAGGUUCAGUCAAUCAAAGAUAAAAAAAAUUAGCAGAGAUAAUGAUGGCAGUCCAAGUGUUAGACUCAAGAAGAAGUUUCCAGAAUCACUCGGGGAGGCUGUAUAUGAAGGAUCUCUCAAAUCUAAAAACACAUUUGUUGAUGGAAAGUACUCAUUGGAUCGAGCGUGGAAACCAACAUAUGUUGUCUUGAGAGGACAUUGCUUGUGCUUACAUCCGGAUAAAAAUUCACAGAAUUUGGUCGUGUAUGACCACCCUGUUUCCAUUGGCUCAGCUCUGGUGGACAUUGCAUAUGACUAUGUAAAGAGAUCGAACGUUUUUCGAGUUAUGACUCUUGGGUUUUCUGAAUUUUUGUUUGAAGCACCUUCCUCCGCUGACAUGCUUGGCUGGAUCCAAGCUCUUCAGAAGCAGGGUCUAUCACACAAUCAGGAAUAUUUGAGGAAGAAAAUACUCAGUCACACGUCUUCGAAAAAGCAUAAAACUAAACAUGUGAAGCAAGACCCAGCAAGAACGUUGGUCCAGAAAAAUACUUCACCAACAUCUACAAACAUCACCAAACAAGAUCUCUUGCAACCAUCUAAACUUAUUGAAAGGUUUCGAUCAAAAUCACCAGAGGGUCGCCAGUUGAAACAGCAGGUCUCACCCCCAUCCAUUCACAUUGAAAUGCCAUCAGAUGUAAAAUCAAAGUCCUGGAGAGAAAAGAUGGCAGAGAGGUUUAGAAGGGCGAACAGUCACCCUGGCACUACUGGAUUCCCCAUAUCAUUUUCAUCAUCCAAUCAACAGACAUCACUGCUAUCACCACCCCUACUACACCACCAUUCUUCCUUCAACAGUUAUAACACUGAUGUCUAUCAGAGCAAUGUCGACGGCGAUGAUGAAGAGGAUGAUGACGACGACGCGGCAGCUCGUAAAAAGUAUAAAGGCUCCUUGGGCAUUCCUCUGAAAUAUUGUCAUAUUCCCUUGAUUGUGGAAGUUUGCAUUGAAGUCAUCGAGUCACAAGGUCUUGAAAAGAAAGGUAUUUAUAGAGUUCCUGGAAACAAUGCUGCUAUAUCCAUACUUCAAGCUGAAGUUGACAGGGACCCUGAAACACUGAGCAGAUCUCACGAGAAAUGGAAUGACAUCAAUGCAGUCGUCAGUCUCCUCAAGCUCUUCUUCAGAAAGUUACCCGAGCCACUCGUCACCACGAGUUUGUACCAAUCAUUUAUUGACGCGAACCACACGGAAAACAAAACUAAAAGACUUCUGAAAUUAAAGAGACUAGUCCAUCUGCUUCCACAUCACAAUUUUGAAACAUUUUAUUGCCUAGCCACGCAUUUAAACAAGGUCUCCACAUAUGAAAAGUCAAACAUGAUGGAUGCCCACAAUUUGGCAAUAAUAUUUGGACCAACGUUGCUCCAGCCAACUAAGAACGAGAGCAUGGUGAAUAUGGUGAAAGACAUGAAUGAUCAGUGCCAGCACAAAUGGUUUUUUGGAUCGUGGGAUGAGGACGUGCAGGUGCCGGGCGAGGACACUUCCAACACCGUCCCAAUCACUUCCAUGGAGGAUCAGCUUAUUGAGAAGGCACAACAACACUGCAGCAAUUUUGAAAAUUCUUCAUCAUUGGGGGGCAUUAAGAAAUCUUCAAAGUCUUCAAAUGUUACAAACAAUAAUGGCAGUCAGUUCACUGCAACGCUAUCUUCAUCAGCAGCUGGAACGAUUCAGCAUUCACUCAUAAGCAAAGUAAGGAAAGAAAACAACGACAACAAGGGACUGGCGGUUUACAGCGUGGAAUCUGUUUAUUGUGAUUUCGACAAAUCUUUCUCAAGUGACAGCUCUAAGGCAACUUUAAGAUCGAGACAUUACAGUGCAAAGAGUCAUUUGAAGGAAGAACCUUUGAAGUCUGGAUUGAAGUUGAAAUGCGGCCCGACAGAUAAAAGAGGCUCCACAUCCCUGAGGGUUGAACACAAUUCCAGAAGAAAGUCAAGAGACGAGAGUGCUACCACGUUAGACAAAACUUCUUCUACUUUUGAUAACCACAUCGAUGACGGAUCAACUGUUAUAUUUAACAAAGAGUCUACUGAUAAAACUAGAGUUCAAAAAUCACAAUUUCUUGAAACAAGUAAGAGAUCAUCUAUUGGCGGUAAAGUUUCGUUGGUGUCCAACAAAUACAAUAUAAAAGUGAAAACUUCAGACAGAAGACCUUCUACAACCAUCAAAUCACUUGAUUCAUUGAAAAAACCAACCUUGAUUGCUAAACAAUUUAACCAAGACUACAAAAAAUUAUAUGAAGGGUAUUCUGGCGAAGUUGAAUCUAAAUACAAUUUAAAUCCUAGCAGCAUGGGAAGUUUUGAAAAGUUGAAAAGUGUUUCUUCUUCAAAAAAUACCUCUGGCAGAAAAGUUGAAAAUUUUCCUUUGAAACACGGACACAAAAGAUAUGCUGGAGAUGGAAACUGUGAAAGAAAUAUAUGCUCCAGUGGUUUCCUGCAACCACCCCGCUUAAACUUUAAGUCCAGAUAUUCCCAGAAGUCUUGUCGAAAAUCAAAACUAGAAUGUAAUAGUUCAUCAAAACUGAUUUCAAAAUCUUUCUCAAGCAACAGUGAUGAUGUUAGAGAAAGAAGCGAAAAUGAAAAGUUAAAAAGUGGAGUAUCCAAAGAAUAUUCUGUUGAUGCUAAUUAUGAUUUCAAAAAUAAAGAUGAUGCAAAAGAUAUGGAUGAUGUUUUUAUCAAAGUAAAAGAUCAAAACGCAAAUGAUUUGCUAGAAGAUAGAGGACUUGAUAACAGAGGUUUUGACGAAAGAUCAAUGAAAAAGCCAUCGUUGAUAUUUCUGUCACCUUUUCACGCGAAACAGCAAAAAAAGAGAUCGACCUCAAUAGAUUGCAUAGUUAAUGAAAUCAAGUAUUUCAAGAUCACUCAGACACCAACGUCGUCGUCAUCACCAUUAAACAACAGACAUACAAAACACUUAACUAGUGGCCACUAUGAUGACCAUUAUGAUGGUGAGGUCUCAAAACAGGAUAAAAAAUUUACAAGAGCUUCAUUGAAGAUUCACUCAUCGCUUCAUUCACUCUUGAACUCUCCACAAAGGUUGAAGACAUUUUUUCAUCGUGACCUGAAAGCCCUUAUGUCACCAACACAUUCUCCAAUGAACAGACGAUAUCUUUCCUUUCACAAAACCAAAUGCGCUUCUGAUAGCCAUAGUAAACCUUACUAUUUGGCUAAUGAAUCAACUGGAAAACAGAUGAGUAAAUCUGAAUAUAAAAAAUUAUAUAGAACUUUAUCAGCCGACGACAGCUGCCAGAAAGAAAUGUCCACGAGUUGUCUGAAGGAACACGCCAGGAAUCUUGCGUAUGAAUCUUCUGUGUGACCAUACAAGCUUUUAAAGCUUUCAACAUCAUUCAUUUAUAUUAUUUUUAAAUGACAUUUCCGUUGAAUAAAUAUUAAUAAUU